GUCUUUGUUCAGCUAUAACUCAGUGAAACAUAAGAUAUUUGUUUUUAAAAUCUGCCACGGUACUUAUCCUAACCUAUGUAAACAAAUAAUGUGUCGAGAAAGCAGUAUCAUAACACCGGAAUUGACCAAUGGCAGACACAAAUUGGCGUUACCUGAUAAAGGAACGUUCACAUCAAGAAACGCCUCGAAUUGCGGUUUGCAAUUACACCAUAUUGCAAAUUUCGAGCAGCUGAAGGACACAUCUCACAUGCAACCGGUAGAGAGGACAUGGCAGACCUUUGUGUGAAGGCAGGAGAUAAGGUGCUUUUGGUGUGGAGCCAGCCUUCGUCCCCAACAACCCUGAAGGAGCUGGCAGAGAGUCUAGGGGCCAUGGUUGGCACCGAUGGCCGAGUGUUCCUGGAGAAUAAUGAAAGACUUAUAAUGUCUUCACAUGCAGCAUCAAGCUACGACUGUGUCCUCUCAAGUGUACUCUCUGACAGCUUUUCUGUCCACACCUCAGAGACACUAGCAGAGAUGGCCAGAGUGAUCAAACCUGAUGGAAAACUAGUGCUUGAAGAACCUGUUACAGGAACUGAUCACAAAAAAGUAAGGACUGCUGAGAAGCUUAUAUCAGCCUUGAAGUUGUCUGGCCUGGUGUCAGUGACUGAGGUCAGUAAAGAACCCCUGACCCCAGAGGUUGUGUCUGCCCUGAAGACAUUCACAGGCUUCCAGGGUAACACUCUAUCCAGGGUGCGCAUGUCUGCUUCUAAACCCAACUUUGAAGUGGGCUCUUCAAGCCAGCUUUCCUUUGGGAAAAAUACCUCAAAACCAGUAGACAAACCUGUACUUGACCCCAAUGCUGCGAAGGCGUGGACCCUGUCAGCCAAUGACAUGGAUGAUGAUGAUGUGGACCUGGUAGAUUCAGAUACGCUGUUGGAUGCAGAUGACUUUAAGAAGCCAGACGCAGCCUCCCUCAAAGCGCCCUCCUGUGGUGACGGGACCACAAAGAAAAAGAAGGCUUGCAAGAACUGCUCUUGUGGUCUUGCUGAGGAGUUGGAACAGGAGAGCAAGGGUUCCAAGACAAUCAGCCAGCCCAAGUCCGCCUGUGGAAGUUGUUACCUGGGUGAUGCCUUCCGAUGUGCCAGCUGUCCGUACAUUGGGAUGCCUGCCUUCAAACCUGGGGAGAAGAUUGUACUAGCCAACACAGGGCUAAAUGAUGCCUAGGAACAACCACAAUAUAUACUUUCUGGAAUAUCGCAUUCCUUACAUCAUUCUAACCUCCCACCCCCUGGAGUCCAUGGCAAAUGCCAGGUUCUCACCGAGAUGGUCAGAAUGGCCCUUCUACAAGAGCAAAAAGCAGGUAGAGUUUGAAGUAAAUGUAUUGAGAGUAGCGAAACAUUACUGAAUCGAUCCAGGUUACAGGCUUAUUUGACCAUGGGAAAACUGUUCCUGGACAUAUCAUACAAUGAAGAUUUCACAGGGCACUCACCAUAUUUCAACGUACAGGUGUCCAUAAUAAAUGUCAGUUCAAUUAA